ACUUUUUAGCAAAUGAUUAGUGCCGAAUUCAAACCCGUUUUAUUCGCAAAAGUAGUCUAUAUAAAGUUUAAUGACUUAUACACAAAAUCCUGGAAUCAUAGAAAAGAAUACAAAAUACACUCACGGUUAAUACCUAGUCUAUAGUUUAUAUCAUCAACAUUUCAAAUGGCGUCUGGACAAGGAAAACAUUUGCCGAAAGACACUCAGAUUAUAGUCUCCAUAAUGAAAGAUUUGGGAAUAUAUGAAUACGACCAGCAAGUUUUGAAUCAUCUCUUAGAAUUUAAUUACAGAUACGCUACUCUGUUGUUAGAGGAUGCAAAGACAUUUUCAAGUUUUGCUAAAAAGAAAAAUAUAGAUGCGGAUGACGUUAAACUAGCUAUUCAAAUGGCCCAGGAAGGCAUUUUUUACAAGCCUACUCCACGUGAUGUACUUAUGGCGGCAAGUCAUGAAAUCAACAAAAUACCACUACCUCCUAUCAAACCAGCUAGUGGGUUAAGAAUUCCACAUGAUCGUUCCAAUUUCUUGCAAACGAAUUACAGACUCGUCGAUAACUUGGACUCUGGUUCUAGUACUUUAAAACUAGAUGCAUUUAAAACAACUGCUGCGGAAUUAUUAGAAGCUUCAAGAAAAAUGGUAGUUGAGCAAAAUAUCAACGAGCAAUCGGAAUCAAUGAUGAGCAAUUCAUUAGAUUUUGAUCUACAAGAUAUAAUGGAACAACAACAGAGUAAUCACGAAAGUGUGGAAGAAAAUGACAAAGUUGAACUUAUGGACACCCAAACAUACGACAAUCAUUCAUUUGGUAUUUCACUGGACGAAUCUGUUGAUAAACAACUUGAUAAUAUGUAAAAUAUUGUGAAAUGACCCGCUAUUUUGUACAAAUUUUUAUUAUGCAAGUUUAUUAUAAAUUAUUGUAAGUUUUCAACUGAGUAGACUUCACAGUGUAGGAUUAUAUUUAAUUGAAAUAAUUGUGAGUUCAAAGACGUUAUUAUUCAGUUUAUAAUAAUAAAAAUUAAUUAUGUUCUAAAAUUUUAGUUUUAUAUAAAAUUAAAAACACUAAUGUAAUAUAAUACAAUGCAUGCAA